AACUAUGACAAGCAAGAACAGACAGAUAAGGAGGUGAAGAUAAUCUCGGAGACUCUUCAACAGGCUGUUGUAGCUGUUACUGAAAACCAAGCUAGGAACCAUUCAGGUAUGGUCUGCUUUCAUUAUUCUUUUACAUUUAUUGAUUACUUUGUGAAUAAUUUUGGUCUCUCAUGUUGCUAUUUGAAUCCUCUCUCUUGUUGUCAAUCUCAUUUCACAAGUUCAAGGGCAAGUAUUUGUGCGCGAUUAUGUUUGGUAGGCCACGUGUUGUCUUUCAUAGGCUAUUUUGUUUCAUUUUGGGAUAAAAACCAAGGCCAGACUUGAAUAAGGAUGCUGAAUUGGUUCUUUUUCCCUGUUGAGUGAGCGGGUUAUAUUGAGGGAUUUAAAGGUGCAUAUCAAAGUCGGAUACAUUGGGAUCUCCCUCUUCUCUACUUCCUGU